AUGGCUUCUAAUCGAACGCGGCGAAUCGCAAAGGAGAUUGCGGAUAUUCGGGCAGAUACUCAUUCCCAAAUUACUGCCGAACCGGUGGAAGAUGACGAUGUAACACAUUUGCGUGGCACGUUUCCGGGGCCCCCGGGUACACCGUAUGAAGGUGGUACUUACGAAGUUGAUAUCAAGAUACCCAACGACUAUCCAUUUCGGCCGCCUGUCAUGAAGUUUGUGACCAAGGUCUGGCAUCCCAAUAUCAGCAGCCAAACGGGCGCGAUCUGCCUCGAUACGCUGUCAUCGGCAUGGUCGCCGGUGCUGACCAUCAAAUCCGCGCUUUUAUCUCUGCAAUCCUUACUCAGCACUCCUGAGCCCAAAGAUCCGCAGGAUGCAGAGGUAGCCACCAUGCUACUGCGUAGACCGAAAGAGUUCGAGCGUGUCGCCCGGGAAUGGGCCGUCAUCCACGCUGGGGCUCCCCGAAAACACGCUGGGGAGGGUAGUGGAGGAGCUACAGACGAAACUCUUCGCCAGGAGGAACUUAAGUCUAAGGCGGAGCAAGAAAGGGAAGAUCUUUCCAAGUACGACGGAUAUAACAAAGACUUGAUCGAUCGAUUCUGCAGCAUGGGCUUCGAUGUUGAUCGAGUGGUCGCGGCGUUCAAAUUUUACGGCAUUGAUCGAAUGAAUGGCGAGGAUUAUGAAUUGGAUGAAGCUUAUAUGGGUGAUAUUACUGCACGGCUCCUGGGUGAGCCGUAA